UCUGACCUUUUUCAAGGUGGUCGUGUAGUACAGGUCAGUUCUCAUUUAAUGGCCUAAUGGUAUGUAAAGAAAACUGUAUAGAUAUUACGACAUUCGAGUGACUUCAAAUUAAUGGGAAAAAAUCCUGUGAAAAAACACCGGACAUGUGUGAAGAAGCCAGUUCGCAAGAAUAAUAUUUCCCGUUCCGAAUCCCUUAAAAGAGAUUUAGAACGUUAUGGAAAAGUGGGUGGAUUGUUUGAUAAACGUCUGGGUAGUCGUAAUGUCACUCUAACUGAAUCAGAAAAAUCUUUGCAAAGGCAUAUCGUCGAAAAAUUGAGACAACUUGAUAACGUUUCUUUGGAAAGUGUCGAUGAUAAAGAUCCUUUAUUCAAGGCAGCAUUUGAUUCAAGUGUACCAGCUCGAAAACUAUGCACGGCUAAUGAUGUGGAAGGCGGAAUCGAAGGUCAUAUAGUGGAAAACAUCUUCUUCACUAAUGGUUUUACCGGUAAUAAACCGGCGCAAAAUUUCAAAGAAGCUCUGGCAGAUAAAAUUGCAGCUUCGAAAUUAGAGAGAUUGAAACGUGUUGAAGAAAAUGAAGAACAACGUGAGCGAUUAAAGGUUGUUAAUGACGAGUGGACCAAAAGCAUACGUUUUCUCUUGAGCAAAAUCCAUGGCAUAAAGAAACGUCCAACAACAGCAAAUCAGCAAAAAAAUAAUAAGAAUGUCUCUCGUUUACUAGAAGCAUUGAGUACCGAUAAAAAAGUAUUGCCUAUCGGCUUUUCAAAUACCCAAAACCCACAAGAACAACUCUUCAGGCUUCAGGAUAUGGUGAACGCUCGCAAGUCUACCAUCAAAACAGAUGAGGAAAACGUUGAGACGGAAACAUUGAUUUCCUAUCUUCGCAUUUUACUCAGACUACCGAAAGAAAAAUCCUCUGCCAUUACCUUCAUCUCUAACCAGCUUUGGAAAGCUAGGUUACAUCGUUUAAAAGACGUUAUUCGUUAUCUUUUCUUAAUCCAGUUAGCAUUUGAAUAUUGCUCUGAGAUAUUUGAACAUUUGAAGAAUGAUGGAAAACUAUCUACAAAUGUUAUUGAAUGUGGUAUUUUUUGUCCAGAAAUUGUACAUGCACUAUCCCGAAUGUUUUGUCUUACUUCCGCUGGUUCUAAUUUAUCGAAAAACGUUUUAGUUUUGAGAAAACCGCUGACUACUAUCAAAGUAUCCGACUUACCGAGUCUCGACAUUCGCCUUGUAAAUAGAUCUUUCCCUUUAUCGCUCAAAGAAAUACCCAUACUCCGUUUAACCUGUGUUUACAGAAUGAUUCGUCUGGCUGCGCAAGUUUUCCUUGUAUAUGAAAAGUUUUUACCGAAAUGCGUUUUGGUGAACUUGUUUCGCCCUUUAAAAGUGUCUUUGGUAGAAAGUAACUUCCUGUAUCACCCUACGUUUAUAGUAAACGAAGUCAAAAGUCUUUCCGAAUUAAUCAAGUUGGCAGAAAAUGCUCCUACACCUACCCGGUUAAUAUCAGACCAUCGUCUUUUAGUGUUGAACACUUUAAAACCAACAGAUUCCAAAGAACUUAAAAAGUUAGGCAUUUUGCCUCAGCUGGAGCCUGUUUUCGAUGAGCGAUUAUGUGUAAGGCAGCGUGAUAAUACCAAGCGAGUUCUACAGAGGAAAGUUGCUAAAGAAAAACGUUCUGCAAUGCGGGCUAUUCGUCAAGAUGGUCAAUUUUUAGCUUCGCAUCAAUUAAAUAUUAUUAAAAAGAGUGACUAUACUCGGGAAAAGAAGACAAAAGCUAUCAUAAGUUCAAUGCGUUCAGUUGAAGAUUGAUGUAGAUAUCUUUUAACUUUCAAGUACUAAUAAUAAUAUGAUGCAAAGACUUACCUUCCCUUUUUGAUAUUUAUUGGUGAUACUGGGGUUCUCGAAACACAAAAAUGUACACCUGUUUAUGAAUGAACGUAUAAAGCGUAUAAAAAUAGUACAUCAAGACUUUGAAACUCCCAAUCGCUGUUUUGACGUUAUGAUAUAAUUCACUUUACAAAGCUGCAUUUUCUCCUCAUCAUAAUUGUAUAAAGUAUAAUCGCAUAUGCAUACGAGU